CCGCGCAGCCACUUCGGGACUCCCUAGGGUUACCUGAAAGGUUUGGAGGUGGUGGGCUGUUUAAGGACAGUGAAGCUAUAAUAUGCAACGGGAUUUUUUGUGAAAACUUGACAAAAUAAAAGCGAAAGAAUAGAAAAUAAGUAGGAACUUGAUUUUUUUUUAGAGGGAAUUCGGCAUCUCCUUUGUGCUGUGGGCGCACAGGCCAUACCUGUGAAGACUUGUGAAGCCCAGAUAGACACACCUUUGCCUUCUGCUUGUCUUGCUUUCUCUCCUCCUCGGACAAAUAACCUCUGAAAUGUCUGCAAAUGACAGAGCCAUGCGAGAGAUCCUGCGAAAACCCGGGAACCACGCCUGCGCAGACUGUGGCGCACCUGAUCCCGGAUGGGGCUCCUGCACCCUCGGUGUGUUCAUUUGUUUGGCCUGCUCGGGGAUCCACCGCAAUAUCCCUGAAAUCAGCAAGGUCAAGUCCCUGCACUUGUCCCGAUGGGAGGACCACGAGAUGCAGUUCAUGGCUGAGAAUGGAAAUGAGCUCAUGAAGAAAAAGUAUGAGGCGGCUGUUCCAGUCUACUACUACAAGCCAAGCCACAAGGACUGCCAGGUGCUGAGGGAGCAGUGGAUUAGAGCAAAGUAUGAGAGGAAAGAAUUUUCAGAGCCUGGAAACAGCUUGGUAUAUGAAGAAGGAACUAGAGAUGGCAUGCUGAUGAAAAGGGGGCGUGACAACGGCCAGUUCCUGAGCAGGCGAUUUGUCCUUUCAGAGAUAGAGGGCACCCUGAAAUAUUUCACCAAAUAUGACGCAAAGGAACCCAAAGCAGUGAUCAAAGUGGACACUGUCAAUGCAACAUUCCAGCCAGAGAAGAUAGGAAACCCCACCGGUCUGCAAAUCACCUACCUCAAAGACUACAGCACCCGCAACAUCUUUGUCUAUCACGAAAGUGGCAAGGAGAUUGUGGAUUGGUUUAAUUCAAUUCGGGCAGUACAGCUUCACUACUUACAGGUGGCCUUUCCUGGGGCAACAGAUGCUGAGCUUGUACCCAAACUUACUCGGAAUUUUCUCAAGGAAGGAUACAUGGAGAAAACGGGUCCUAGGCAAACGGAAGGGUUCAAGAAACGCUGGUUCACCUUGGACCGCAGACGACUCAUGUACUUCAAAGAUCCACUGGAUGCCUUUGCCAAGGGGGAAGCCUUCUUGGGGAACAAGGAGAAUGGCUACAGUGUCUCUCCCGGCUUGCCAGCUGGCGCCCACUGCAACGGUGCUUGGCAUUACGGUAUCACAAUAGGAACACCUGACCGCUACUUCCUGUUCACCUGCGAGACAGAGAGUGACCAGGAGGAAUGGCUGAAACACUUUACUGAUGUCAUAAGUGCUCAGAUGUCCCCUCAAGAGUACACAAUGGAGGCCUUGUUCAAGCACAGACACUAAGGAACCAGAAGCCUGUGGGACCUUUUCCUCACCUCUCCACCCAUCUUUUAUCUGACAUGUGAUUCACGUCGUCACCGUCUCUGAUGCUAAAUCAGCUCAUCACUGCAGCGUCCCACUGGAAGUUGCUUUACCACAAAGACGCGUCACAAAAACCAGAGGAUCAUAGUAUUUGUAUGUUAAAAGGAACAGUAAAACUCAAACGUCACUGUCAUAUUUUUAUAUUUGAUAUUGUUUUGUAAUACUGUACGUUUUUAAACAAUAGUUCAAUAAGAUGACUUGGAACCCAAGAUCAAAGCUCUUUUCCAUCUUGUUAGCUAUAUUUCAUGAAUUUAGUCACAGAGGUUACGAGUCAUGUUGGAUGGUAACAUGCUACCUCCUGCCAGGGAACGCUAUGAGUAAUAAAAAAAAUCUAACCAUUCCUGGAUCAUUAAUACAUGUAAACUAAAUGCUGUACAGCAACAUUUAUACUUUUUGUUAAGGUAACAUCCACAUUUUUUUUACUUUUUUUGUUAUUUUGAUGUCAGUAAGUAUCAUGGUCACAGUCAGUCAGUACGGUUACUGUACAUGCACAUCUAAAUCGAGCUAUUGGUAAUAAUCGAGCUAAGGAUUUAACUCGAGUAUCAGGGAAAUCCGAGUAUUCGCAAGAACAGAAUUGAAUUAUUGACUGAGGUGCGUUCGCCUCCGCGACACUAGCUGGAGCUACACGCCCUUUCGCGUUGGCAUUCCCCUGGUUAGAUUGGAAGCAGACGUAGAAGGAGGACAACAACGCGUGAAGAUAUGGAUGCCUGAUCAUGUUGCACGUAAGAUGUACGCAAAGUCUUCUUCUUCUUCUGUGUUGUUGUCAUGCCGUGACUGUUACUCCCACUUCCACAGUCUUGUCACUUCCAGAAGGGAGAGUCCCAGGGCAGUCUCUAGCUCUGCUAACCGUGGUUCGUGUAUACAUGCUGGAAUAGCUCGAUUAAGAACCGCAUUAUCUGGCUCUAAUAGCUCGAUCUCAAGAACUCCAGUUUGGUUCGUCUACAGCCUGACUAAGGUGUAUACAUGGCAUUUAAAACUUCGAUACCAGGCAGAUUAAGGCAAUAAUUCCACUUUCUUAGUGCAUGUAAAUGUACUAAGUGUCAAAGUAUUAUCUGAUCAGGUGUCAUAUAGUGAUCGGUUACUACUGAUAAAGUUCCAAUAGUUACGUUCAAGUUUAAGGAAGACGUUUUGAAAUGAGCUAGUAGGAGAAGCACAAGUUCAAAUAAAGCUAUUGAGAAGAGACUUUAACAAACCUGCUUUGAAGCAGGUGUUGUGCAGGAUGGUUUAUGGUACCGAGAGAGAAGCAUAUACAGUAGUUUUAGCUUGUUCAGCUAUGUUGAAAUGAAAUGUCUGACAAAGUCUCAAAAAAACCAUUGGACAGAAUCAAUGAUAGACUGAUGUUUCAGGAAAACCAAUAUUAUUCAUAUAUAAAAAUGUACAUAACAUUUUUACUGCAGUCUUGUUACUUGCUUAAGUGUAAAGUAAAAAAAUUACUUAUUUUCUAAGCAAAGAAAUAUUUUAC